CCAGACUUGGCCGGGAAAAAUCCCUCGUACAGCAAGCAACAAUUUCAACAUGAACACCAACCAACACCUUCAAGCUUCCGUGUCAGUGUAGCUCACCAGUCCAAUCCCGCGUGCAAUCCAGGCACCAGCAAUGCUUAGCUCCAGAUCUCAAGCUGUCACCCACUCGAUGCUGCGUCAAUUACCCGAGGCGAAUGAUGAUCUAGGCGCCGGGCCUCAUGAUGGCAGUUCAUAAGGGGCCUCCUUGCCUCUGACAUUCCGAAGGUUUGGUCUCCUCGAGAGGACUCCCCCUUCACCUUGGCUAUUCUUCUAAGACAAUAAUCUUUCAUUUCCUCACCAUCAGACAGGAUGACUCUAAUAGGCCCCUAUCAAUUUCAGUACCAGCCUCUAUGCAGUGAGCCGCCGCCACCGUAUACACCAUCCCAAACCCCCUCAUACAGCCCACAGUCACCACAUCCCAGCAAGCACCUCCACGCACUCCCGGACUCAAUUUCUUCUUUCUUGUCCUGUGAACAGACACCCCCACAUCUGUCCCGCUCGACCAUCUCCAGAUACGGCCGUUACCUCACCACCCUGCGCCACAGCGCCAACAGCACCACCUACCUUUACCGACUCUCUCCACGCUCUCCAGCCAACAGCAAACCCAGGAUUUACGCCGUCAAGAUCAUCCCCCCAUCCUCUCAGCCCCUUUCUUCUACCCACUCCUCCAAAAACAACGCAGUAAACAGCAACACCAUCAACCACCCCAACGUCCUCCUCCCAUUCCUGCCCGCAAUCAUCGACGAUGCGGGCAAUCACCAUCUGAUCACCCCCUACUGCACAGGGGGUACUCUCCAGGAAGUGGUCGCAUCUACAACGCAGCUCCCUCCUGCAGAAGCCAAUUGCUUCUUCAAACAACUUCUCCGAGGGGUCGCAUAUCUCCACAACCACCCCGACCUUCGAUCUCACCUCGAACAGACUCACAAUGGACCCCAUUGGACGAGCUUAAAUCUCAACCCACAGGACAUCCUUCUCGCUGGAGAAGGAACCGUGCGAAUCAAAAUCCGGGCAUUCUUCCCCUCGUCUGCUGCAACCCCUCGCCUCCACGCAGCGGGCAGCAGUCCAUACUAUGCGCCAGAGGUAUACCGCCUUCUCAACACCACGACCACCGCCACCAGCAUCACCGAAAUCGACCCCAAGGCCCUCGACGCCUGGGCCCUCGGCAUGAUCUACCUAUUUAUGCGCAGGGGCCGUCCAGCCUGGAUCGUGGCCCAGUCGGAAGAGGAUCGGAUUUAUGCCCGAUAUGCAAGGGAAAGAGUGCAGGAGGGGGGAUUUGCCUUGAUCGAGGGCUUGGGGCCUGUAAGUGUCACGUUGAUCCCCUUUCCUUCUUGUCCUUGUCCAUCACGAGGAUGCCAUCUUAUGGGUAUGUAUUGAUCAAAACCGGCUAUGCCCCCUUCAGGAACCAUGUCGAAACGUCAUCUACGCCAUGUUGGAUCCCAGGCCCCUUCGUCGGUUGACGAUUCAUCAAGCCUUGCGGUCAGAAUGGGCAUACGGAGUUGCAGUCUGUGAAGCUAGUGAAGAGAGCGACCUCGACCGUGG